AUGUUCAACAGAGCAAAGGCCACUAAAAAGCAGAAACUGAAAGAGUUGAGAGGAUGGAAAGCCAUGCCAUUUGUCAUGGGAAAUGAAACUUUUGAGAAGCUAGGAACUAUUGCUACUUUGUCAAACCUUUUGGUCUAUCUCACAACUGUUUUCAACACGAAGAGCAUUACAGCUGCAAAGAUCAUGACCAUCUUCAUUGGCACCACCCAAGUGGCCACCUUGGUUGGAGCUUUCCAUUGUGACACCUAUUUUGGUCGUUACAAGACAUUAAUCUUUGGUACAAUCGCUUCACUUAUGGGACUACUUGUAAUAGGCCUAACAGCAAUUAUCAAGGAAAUGCAUCCUUCUCAUUGUGGCACUGAACAUAGUUAUACAUGCAAAGGACCAACAGCUGGGCAAAUGGCAUUUUUAUUAACCGGUUUCGGACUACUAGUUGUCGGUGCAGGCCGGAUCCGGCCUUGCAACUUGGCAUUCGGAGCUGACCAAUUCAACCCCAAGACAGAAUCUGGAAAGAAGGGAAUAAACAGCUUCUUCAAUUGGUACUAUUUCACCUUCACUUUUGCCAAUGUAGUGUCCUCAACACUCAUUGUUUAUGUCCAAUCAAACAUAAGCUGGUCUUUGGGUUUAAGUAUCCCACCAAUUCUUAUGUUCAUAUCCAUUGUACUCUUCCUUAUGGGCUCCAAAAUGUUUGUGAAAGUGAAAGCCACAGGAAGUCCAUUGGCCAGUGUGGCACAGAUCAUUGUGGUUUCUAUUAAGAAAGGGAGAUUGAAGCUGCCAGAGCAACCAUGGAUCUCUCUCUACAACUAUAUGCCUCCUAAAUCCAUUAAUUCCCAUCUUACUUACACAGAUCAAUUCAGAUUUCUCAACAAAGCAGCAAUUAUGACUCCACAUUCACCAUCUGAUCCUUGGAGACUUUGUAGUGUACAACAAGUGGAAGAAGCGAAAUGCCUACUGAGAGUAGUACCAAUAUGUUUAGCAGCUGUUGUUUACCAGGUUGCCUUAGUCCAUCAGGAUACCUAUGUUGUCUUCCAAGCCCUUCAAUCCGACAGGCGCCUUGGAAGCAAUAAUUUCGAGAUACCAGCAGCUUCUUACUCCGUCUUCUCCGUGCUGAGCUUGACAAUAUUCAUUCCCAUCUAUGACAGAAUCAUUGUCCCUUCACUUCAAAGGCUUAGUAGAAAAGAAGGUGGCAUAACACUCCUUCAGAGAAUAGGCAUAGGCAUCUUUAUCUCCAUCCUCACCUCGUUAGUAUCUGCCGCUCUAACGAAGCCAACCAUUGGAAUCAGGCCUAGAAGAGGUGCCAUUUCAUCCACGUCGGCCUCAUGGCUGAUCCCUCAGCUUAUGUUAUCGGGACUCACCGAGGCAUUUGCAGUGAUAGGCCAAGUUGCUGGGUCUUUAAUCUCUUGUGGCUUGGCAGUCUCAAGUUAUUUGACUACCUUCUUGAUAACAUUAAUUGUUCACAGGACUACCAAGGAGUCUCCAAGUGGGAAUUGGUUGCCUGAAGAUCUUAACAAUGGGAGACUAGAUUGCUUCUAUUACAUGGUUGCUGGUUUAGGGGCCUUCGACUUUGUGUACUUUUUAGUGUGCGUUGGUACAGGUACAAAGGUUCGGUGGAAAAUGCCGUUGAAGCCUAAAACGGAUUCUGAGAAACCUGCUUAUAGGCCAUAGAUUGUAUUAACAAGGGCGGAACUAGAAAAAUAAGUCGAGGGAUCGGGAGCUGCUGCCAUAGAGAAGAA